GCGGGCUCUGAAUGCUUUCCCAAGCAACAUCUUCUGCAAUGGCUGCCAACUACACGUGCACAGCCUGUUCGAGGGCGUCACUGAGGUCCCCUAGCUCCUUUCUACAACGCACGAAUAAAGCAACUUUGCGCCAAACCCGACGAGCAUUUUCCACCACCACCCCGACCACAUAUCAUGCGUCACAAGGCUUGUCAACAGAUGUCAGGCCCGAGUCAAUCAAGAAACCAUAUCCAUCCGCUGGAGCUGGUGCCAUGGGCCUGGCCCAGAAGUUGCGCGAAAAAGCCCCAUUGAUGACUGAAACCUAUGUCGCAUAUGGCGCAACACGAGACUUGAUCAAAGAGUGCACGAAACCGGGUGAAUAUAAAAUACCCCAAGCGCUUGUGAAGCGAGGCGAGAUCCCCGUGGACGAGAAUGGUGUGCAUCUUGGUGAGGCUGAGGGGUGGUGGUAUGACACCCUCGGACUCAAGCCCACCUUCUCAAACUGGGCACAAAUCACCUUCAUCCACAUGUACAUGUUGCAAGUCCGCUUUCGCAUGUUCCCCCAAUCGCACGCUCCCGUCUGGAUCCAGCAUCUCACCAACCAAGCCUUCUACACAGCCGAGGACCGUCUGGUGAUAUGGCACAAGUUCAAUGCCAAUUCGCUGCGCCAGAAGCAUCUCAAGGACAUGUUUGCGCAGUGGCGUGCAGUACUCCUCUCGUAUGACGAGGGUCUGAUGAAGGGAGACGCCAUGCUUGCAGCUGCCGUCUGGAGGAAUCUGCUAGGCGCAAAGGAAGAUGUCGACUUUGAGAAGCUCGCACAGAUUGUGGGGUACAUGAGGAGAGAACUCAAGAGGCUGGAUAACGCGACGGAUGAUGAGGUAGCGAGUGGGGGUUGGACAUUCCGUGGUGACCCAGGAGAUGAAGCCAGCAUCGUCAAAGCGCCAAGCAAGUUGAUGACCCGCGAGACAAUGAAGGCGUAGUAAGUGAAACGAAAAGUACUGCAUGGAAAAUGUAUAAAUAUGUACUGUAUAUACAUGACACGGCCGACAUGAAAUGUAACAACAAGUAUUGCAGCCAAC